AACACAAUCAAACUUCUAUAAAUAGCAGAGACUACGAUUCACACUCCUACUACCACCUACUUCAACAUUAAUUAUUACUAACUCACAGAUACAAUUUUACACUAACUGCAUUCAUUUCACUCCAACAUUUCAUGGACAUGCCUUCAAAUUCAAGCCACCAUGGAACUGGCCCUGCAACCUCUGCAUACAGGGGAGUCCGCAAGAGAAAAUGGGGGAAAUGGGUCUCUGAAAUCCGCGAGCCAGGGACCAAAACCAGAAUCUGGCUGGGGAGCUUCGAGACGCCGGAGAUGGCGGCAGCGGCUUACGACGUUGCCGCCUUACACUUCAGGGGGCGUGAGGCGAGGCUCAACUUCCCGGAGCUUGCAACUGCUCUGCCUCGCCCUGCAAGCAACAAUGCUGAUCACAUCCGCAUGGCUGCUCAUGAGGCUGCUUUGAGGCUCCGGAGCAACACGUUGACCGCGCCGGAGACCGGUGGUGGUUCUGCCGGUUCAGGGAGCGGUGCGCCGCUUACGGUGAGGCUGUCGUCCACUCAAAUUCAAGCCAUCAAUGACUCGCCGCUUGACUCACCUCCGACAUGGAUGCAAAUGUCGCAGUACAACCCUUUCAUGCUGGAUGAUCAAUCAAUGAUGUUUGCAAAUAAUGCAGGGUAUGGUUUUGAGGAGAAUGAGUGGGAGAAUAAACAGAGUGAUUCUCUUUGGGAUCCUUAAUUUGAAGGGUAAGGUUAAUUAACCAAUACCAACAAUUAAUGAAUUAUAUUAUAAUCCAAAAAUAAUAUAUAUAGUAUUUGAUUUAAUUUGGUUGACAAAUACCAACAAUGAAUUAUGAUGGAGCCCUGUGGAGAUGAUGAAGGUUAUGGCAGGUUGAGAAGGACAAGCUAUGACAAUUUCAUGAGAUUCCAUUUGCAUUUUAGAGGGGAGGGGGGACCAUUAAUGUAACACUACAUAUAUCAAAGUGUAUGGGUAGAUUUAUUUAAUUAUAGUGGGGAAUUGAUAUUUAUUUUGUAUACUGAAUGGGCCACAAACUCUGUUUAUUGGCCAUGUUUUAUAGGCUGUGGAAGAGCGUGGUGUGAUUUAUUUUACUUUUAAAAAGAGCUAAUAUAUAUGUAUUGGAAUUCCAUUUGUCAAGCAGAUGAAGUUCUCUUUGUUCUUAGA